UUUCCGCUCAUUUCGAGCUUUUAUUUUGAAGCGUGGCCGGAAGUGCGUAAGUGCGUGCGUGUGCCUUGACGGCCCCGGCGCUAAAGGAGCGUGCGCAGACGUCCCUCCGUCAGAAGCCGGGGUGUGAUCGCUCCCGCACGGUGACUCGGGCCGGCAGAGCACCGCGCUGUCCCCGGCUCCUCUCGGGACUCAGGCCGGGCUGCAGCCACUCGGAGCGGGGAGCCGCGGAGCCGCGGAGCAGCUGCGGCCCCUGCUUGAGCCGCGACCCCCUGUCCUGGCUUUGGGCUGAUCCAGACCCCCUGUCCUCCUGGUUCUGAACUGAUCCAGACCCCCUGUCCUCCUGGGACUGGACUGAUCCAGACCCCCUGUCCUCCUGGUUCUGAACUGAUCCAGACCCCCUGUCCUCCUGGCUCUGAACUGAUCCAGACCCCCUGUCCUCCUGGUUCUGAACUGAUCCAGACCCCCUGUCCUCCUGGCUCUGAACUGAUCCAGACCCCCUGUCCUCCUCGGACUGAGCUGAUCCAGACCCCCUGUCCUGGCUCUGUGCUGAUCCCGGCCCCCCUCCCGGAGCCAUGGGUGGGAGCCUGGGCUGCCACCGCUCCAUCCCCCGGGACCCGACGGACUUCAGCCGCGGCAAACGCAAAUUCAGCGCCGCCUGCAACUUCGGCCACAUCCUGGUGAACCAGGAGCGGCUCAACAUCAACACGGCCACCGAGGAGGAGCUGAUGACCCUGCCCGGGGUCAACCGCGCCGUGGCGCAGAACAUCGUGGAGUACCGGGACUGCAUCGGCGGCUUCCGGAAGGUGGAGGACCUGGCCCUGGUCAGCGGGAUCGGCGCCACCAAGCUGGAGAGCAUCAAGCUGGAGAUCUGCGUGUCGAGCAGGACCGGCUCGUCGCAGCACUCGCCGUCCUCGGCGCGCCGGGACCCGGAGCAGCCGCCCUGCGCCGGCGUCAACAUCAACACCGCCACGCCGGCGCUGCUGCUCAGCGUGCGGGGCAUCACCGAGAAGAUGGCCAAGAGCAUCGUCCGCUACCGGGCGGAGCACGGCCCGUUCCGGAGCAUCGAGGACCUGGUCCGGGUCCCCCACAUCAACGGCUCGCUGCUGGACAGGAUCCGCUUCCAGGUGUGCGUGGAGCGCUCCAGGGCGCCCUCCACCCGCUCGCACCCCAGCCCCACCUCCUUCAGCCUGCGCAGCGAGGACCUGGACCUCCCGCCGGGGGGGCCGGCGCUGGUCCCGUCGGCGCGGCCCGGCGUGGAACCCCCGCCCGGCCUGCGGGACGGCCGGCCGGUGGUGCGCCUGGCCACCUGGAGCCUGCAGGGCUGCUGCAGCGACAAGGCCCACAACCCGGGGGUCCGGGAGGUGGUCUGCAUGAGCCUGCUGGAGCAGGACAUCAAGCUAGUGGCGGUUCAGGACCUGCUGGACCCCGAGGCUCUGGACAAGUUCUGUGCAGAGUUGAACCAGCCGUCUCUGUCCAGCGUUCGGACGUGGAAGCGUCCUCGAGGACUCUGGAAGAGCGCCGUGUCCGAGAACCUCAGCGGGCAGUCCAACAAGGGAGCCAGCUACUUGGGCUUCCUGUGGGAUGCCUCAGCGGGCAUCGACCUGAAGGACGCCGCCGUCCUGGAGGCUCCGGUUACCAACGGCAACGGCAGCGCCGCGGCGCCGCGGCUGUACCGAGCCCACUUCAUGGUGGGCUCUCAUGAGCUGACCGUGGUGAACGUCCACAUGCGGGCUGCAGCCUCACUGGGAGAGUCCAACGGGAGAAGCCACUGCGAAGAGGGCGGGGGCCAGCGCCUCGGCCCCUCCAUCCAGGACACCCUAAGAGGGGAGAAGGACCUGGUGGUCCUGGGGGUCUUCGGCUGCCCCCCUCAGAGCUCUGAGCUGGAUGUGUUGAGGAAGGAGAAGCUGAGCGCCCUGCUGCCGUCGUCCCACUUCACCAACAUCAGCACCCGCUGCCCCCAGGGCAGCUGCAGCCUGGACAACAUCUGGAUCAGCCGCUCGCUCAAGAAGAGCUACUCAGGUCACUCGGCGGUGGUGCGGGAAGGCCUCACCAACCCCUGGAUCCCUGACAACUGGUCGUGGGGCGGCGUGGUGUCGGACCACUGCCCGGUGCUCGCAGAGUUUUACACCGAGGCCUCCCCGAAGGAGCUGGGCCGGCCGGGCGUGGCGGCGGUGGACAGAGGAGACAUCCUGCCCAAACACGAGCGGUGACAGAGCUGCGGGCCAGCGGGGGGCGCCGUGGAGGCGGAAGUGCCGGGAUUAUCGGCUCAGUUCAGUCAGCAAGCCAUAAAAACUCCUCUGCAGAGGCUCUGGAGCACAGGGGGGCCAGCAGCGGGGUCGUGUGUGAGAUAAAGAGACGCUGGUGUGUGUGUGUGUGUGCGUGUGUGUGUGUGUGUGUGUGAGAGAGAUGGAGGGACUUUAGCAGGAAAUCAUAUUUAUAGGACGACAAAUCGGAGUUUUUCAGUUCCGGGAGGUGAAGGACUCAGAACUCCAUUUCAGGCUAGAAGACACUGACGCUUUGAUGUGUCCUGUUGUUUUUUUCUUUUCGUCACAUUUCUCUCAUGUCCUCCAGCAGGGUUCCAGUCACUGGACUCUUCUCUUGUUUUUAGGAAUUUUUUUAGUCAUUUUUUUCUGGAUUUCUGUGCUUCCAUCAUCACUGGGUGUUAAAUAUUCAGAGCAGGAAAUCAGUGGAAUGUGUCGAUUGAGGAACCUCCAGAUGGAGGGCGACUCAUGAUCAGCUGGCUUUUCUUUACGUUGAUCCACAGAACAUGGAAACGUCACUGAUGCUGCUUCAGUCGAUUAAAACACUUUUAUCUGA